CAACAAGAUUAUAAUAGCCUGGCAUUUCAAGGUGAGUGAAUACAGAGAAGAGUGGUAAAACCGCACCGACAGCGCAAGAGAACGCCUCCGGCUCUAAUCUGGAUUGUUCUGAUGACGUCAAUCGACGUGGGAACCUCCCUAGCUACCCGGACUGACGUACAAGCUAUUAUUUCGUGUUGCAAAGCUCAUUCAUCACCUAAUUUGGUAAUAAUCCGAUCAAUGUGGGGACGAAAUAAGCGUAUAAGAAGUUUACGCCCCCGCGGAACCCCAGAGAGACUUUGCAAUGCAGGAGGGAAGGGAAGACAGCUCGUGAGGGUAGGGGACCUGUAAGGUACAUACCGGGGCCUGUCUCUGUCAUGCCCUGCACGGCGCCAUAUCUACACUGAACAGCACUGGUACGACUGUAACAACAAAAUUCAACUUCUUCCUCAACAUUGGGACAGGCGUGUCGAGGCUGGGACAACAAAACACACCGAAACCUUCAGGACUCUAUGUCUGUAAUGAUUGGAUUUAACAGCACCAUGCAUAUGGCAUACGGAAGGUACAUUAAAGGCUAAUAGUGCGACUAAACAGAAGGCAUUAUCACUAUGGACUUACGCGGACUCUCUGCAACAAAUGAUACGUUUCAAUGCCACUUCAAGCUGAAGGCAUCAAAAGAACAGAACAUUGCAGUUCAUCCCUCCAUGAACAAUGCACAGCCUACAGACGAAACUACGAGAGCAGAUAUAGGCCAGGGAGAAGACAAAGGGCAGGGAGACAACAUGCCACUGUUCUGCAAAAGUGAGCCAUGCGCCGCCGGCACAUGUCACAUACAGAGGUCUACAAUGGCGUCCAAUGAAGCAUUACCAGAGUACAGUUACACAGCUACAAACAGCAUGCGCAGGUCUGAAAACUCGUCAAAAGAACCCUUAUCAAAAGAGAUGUGCAACACUACUACAGAGGACAGCACUAUGGGUUUUGCUGGUGAACUUGUCAUAGACGAAAAUGCGGCCAUGACAACUGUAGACAGCAGCUCACGCAUGUCCGGAAAUCCACCGGACGAUACACCCACAGUAAUGGACACUGACCAAACACCUGUAGGCGAUAUUUUUGAUAUUUUGCAGAUCGUACGAAGAGUAUCUGAAGAUGCCAAUCUUGCUCUGGGGAAUGGUGACUUGAACUCGGCGGAAACGAACUUUGCCGCAGCGCUACAAGUCAUUCACGAGCCAUGUAAGCCCGUGCUUCACGCAGAGGCCUACUGCCUACACAGACUCGGUGACGUGUACAAAGAACGAGGCAAACGAAUCAGGGACGGUGGAGUAUUCAACCAAUCAGCGGCUCUGUACAAUGCUGCCCUGGUUAGAACGGAAGACGAAGAAUCCAAACAAAAAUUACUGGCAGCUCGAAAUGAAGUGGAACCACUGUUUCUCACACAUACUGCAAACAUACACCUAGAGCAAACCUGGCAUCAUGUUGUUAUAGAUCAUAAGAAGGAGUUAGAAGACAUGCGUCGUUACACAAUGUCUCAGUUAGAAAUCAUUCACAAGGAAAACAAUCCGUAUCUGUACCACGAGAAUGAUAAAGUUGCAAGAAAAGUCGAAGUACAACGAGCUUACGCGGUCAAGAAUCUGUUCAAAACCGUCGCCAGAGACAGACAAAGACUACUCCAAGUGCUCGUAGAAGAGUGUAUCACACAACUAGGUCCACCUCCUUGUAAGUACGCUCUCAUUGCUUUGGGAUUGCAAUCGGCAGAACUUGCCACACUGUAUUCUGAACUGGACUUCGCCAUUCUGAUUGAGGAUGGACAGGACAACCAUGAUACACAGUGGUACUUUCGCAAGUUGUCAUGGUAUCUAAACCUUAAAGUUAUCAAUCUGGGUGAAACCACUGUCCCAUCGCUGGCUAUUACCUCUCUCAAUGACUACCGAAAUGAAGAUCCAAGCAAGGACUGGUUUCUUGACUUUGUGACACCUCCUGGAUUUGCCUUCGAUGGAUAUCUGAAUAAGAACCCAGCUGUCACACUCACAAACAGUACGGACACCAGGCCACUUGGUUGUCUCGUCCUAACACCUAGAAAUUUGGCCGAACUACAACAGCGCGAUGUUUUACUUCGGGAAGGACAUCACCUCUCAGACAUCCUGAGAAGAGUUACAUACCUAGCAGGAGGACAGGAUUUGGUGGAUGAGUAUGUCGAGAAAGUAAACAGUACGCCAGAGCAAUCUGCAUGUCAAGCCAGGUUGCUCGGGAGGCUUACGUCACCAGAUGCGAUUCAUGAAAUCGACACAGAUAUGUACAUGACACGUCUUCUGAACACAAAGAAGGACAUGUAUCGUUUUCCUAUCACGGCCAUAGAGGCACUGGGUCUAGUUUGUGGCAUAUCCUCAGCAAGUACAUGGACAGUGAUAGAGGAACUCGAGAAAGGCCAUCACAUCAGUAAAGCUGACGCGAACCACCUGACAGUAAUGACGAGCAUCUCGGCGGAGAUACAGAUGAGAACACACGCGGCAAACGGAGGACGACACGAAUCCCUGAGUGAGCUCCUGGCAUUGAAGUCUCAGACGACGGCACAGGAGACACACGGUACCGUGCUUCGAUCAACAUUCCAUAUCCCCCACCCCCGAAUGCUUUUCAGGUAUUUCUUCACAGCCAUUCCGCUAAGAAGGCGUGUUCUAGACAUAUUAGAAGACUCGGGGUCUGUUCAAACAGAACCUGUAUUAAGGGCAACUAUAUUCGAUUCUUCUGCGUUAUGCAGGGCUGAAAUGGCUAGAGACCUGUAUCUUUUAGGUACUUCUGCAAGUGAGUCAGAGGCAGCCCUGAGAGUAGCGGGCGCCGAAAAGCAACAGCAGGGGUUACUGAUCGCGGAGCUGGGCGCUACGAGGAAAAAGUGUGCCGAUUUGAAAGAAGCGAUCAGUCUCUAUAGCAAGUCACUAGCCAUAUGGAAAUGUAUUAGCAAUACAAACGCUGAAGACGGCAACAUUGCACAGCGUCAUGUUGCCAGCUUACUGAACAGCCUCGGUAUGUUGUGGAGUGAACAAAAUGACGAUAGAAAAGCAAUAAAAUUCUAUGAGCAGGCUCUGGAGAUUCGCGGAGCACACACUGAGCACAUGGAGACUGCAAUGCUACUAAACAACAUAGCGCUGUCCUGGUGGAAACUCGGCGAUGACAGCAAAGCUACCAGUUUCUUUGAACAGUCGCUGGUGAUACUGAAAUCAGUCUACAAGGCUAACAUGAUACAUACUAGCAUUGCAGCUUGCCUCUGCAACCUUGGAGUAGUCUGGGGCAAACGUGGCGACCACACGAAAGCCAUGAUGUACAUGAAAGAAUGCCUGAGGAUGAAAAGGGCCAUCUAUGGGGACAACAGGGCACAUCCCGAUAUUGCUUCUCUCCUCCACGAGCUCGGCUCAUGUUCCUCUAGACUUGGUGGCCAUGUUAAAGGCACUCUUUACUUUCAGCAGUCAAUCAAAGUGCUGAGAGUUGUCCAUCAGGAGAAAGGGCAUGCCGACAUUGCCCGUGGUCUCAUCAGUUUGGGAUCGUGCUGCAGCAAAGUCGGUGAUCAUGCCAAAGCGAUCUGUUACGUUGAGCAAUCGCUGGAGAUGCACCGAGCGUUAAUUGGCGACACGUCGCAUCUGACCAUUGCCACUUUACACAGAAAACUGGGGUCUCUGUGGAGUCUGAGCGGCAACCACUUGGAGGCGAUCAAACACAACACGAAGUCACUGAAUAUGAUGACGUUUCUGUAUGGGGAAGAGACGGCACAUGCUGACAUCGCAGCUUUACUCAAUAAUCUCGGGGUAUCAUGGUGUAAACUUGGCGAUGAGGAAAGGGCGAUGCAAAACCACCAACACUUACCGGAAAUGAUAAGGAGCAUCUACGGAGCCGGUACAACACCCUCCUCACGCGAUGCUGGAGCAUACCAUAAUCUGCAGCUUGAUAGAACACCACAUCAUUGCGGUGAAGAUUACGAAAAAGCGAUGUCAUAUUUCGAGCAGUCACUGAAAAUGCGGAAUGCUCUAUAUGGUGCAAAGGCUACACAUUCCGACAUUGCUUCAUCUCUCAACAACGUGGGCUCAGUAUGGAGUAAGCUAGGCGACCACACCAAGGCGAUCCAGUGUAAAGAAAUGGCACUAAGGAUGAGAAAAGCUAUCCAUCGGGACAAGGCGCAACCUGAGAUAGCAGCGUUGCUCAACGAUCUAGGGACAUCAUGGUGGAAGAACGGAGAUAAGAAGAAAGCAUUGGGUUACUUUGAACAGUGCCUUGUGAUGACUAGAGCCAUCCACCAACGGAAUAACGAGCAGCAUCCUGCCAUCGCUGGAGCUUUAAACAAUCUUGCAAUGUGUCUCAGGGAAGUAGGCAUCGUCAAUACAGCAAUCGACCUCUUCGCACAGUCCGCUGCAAUGUUGAAAGCUGUUUGUGGGGAUUAUACAGCACAUGUCACUGUUUCUGCGCCGUUGAUUAACUUUGGAUUGACUUGGGACAAGCGUUAUGAGUACAAUAAAGGCCAAAUUCUCAAAGAACGGACCUUGUCUGAGAAAAUUGCCAUGUCAUUAACGGACCUUGGAUCGUCUUUUUUCAAAGCUGGAUUUUACAGAAAAGCGCUGACUUACUACGAGCAAUCGAUACUGGUAUUACAAGCCAUUCACGGAGUCCAAACGAAUAAUGAGGACAUUGCUAGGUUGCUCGGGCACGUGGGGUUAUGUUGGAGUGAACUGGGUCAACAAACAAAAGCUAAAAGCUACGUUGAGCAAUCAUUGAAUAUGCAAAGGAUCUUGUUCGCGGACAGCCCAGAACGACCGGACAUGGCCAUCUCCCUGAGCAGAUUGGCAUCGAUAUGGGGUAAACUCGGCAAACACAGACAAGAGAUUAGCUGCUACGAGGAGUCAUUAAGAAUAAUGGAGAUUGUCAUUGGAGACAACGCAGCACAUCCUCAAAUUGCCACCACCCUCAACAGCCUGGCGUCUGCUUGGAGCAAAGUCGGCGAUUACAGGAAUGCAAUAAGCUGCGAAGAGCAAUCUCUGAAGAUGAAGAAGACCAUGUAUGGAGACAGCACGGUACAUCCUGAUAUUGCCGCAUCACUUGGCAGCCUUGGUCUUUACUGGAGUAAAGUCGGCGACCAUACCAAAGUUGUCGGCUAUUACGAGCAUCUACUGGGAAUGCUGAGAAUCCUACACAAGGGCAAUGGGACUCAGCCUCACAUAGCUACGAUACUUGGCAGCCUGGGGUCAUCAUGGAGCAAACUCGGGGAUCAAAGGAAAGCAAUCGCCUACCAUGAACAGGCACUGAACGUUUUGAAAGCUAUGCAUGGUGAAACCGCGCAGCAACCGGAGAUUGCAACAGCACUCUACAACCUGGGGGUUCAAUGGUGUGAGAUCGGUGAUUAUUACAGGGCAGUAACGUACCAUGAACAGUCGCUGCAUAUGCGGAGAGCUAUGUACGGAAAAAAGGCAGCGCACCCUGACAUAGCCACGUCAUUGAACAGCUUGGGGGCAACCUGGGGCAAACAAGGCGAUCAGAGGAAAUCCGUCGCUUGCUACGAAAUGUCAUUGCAGACGAUUCGACAACUCUGUGGAGAAAACAUGGUCCAUUCCGAAAUUGCUGAGGCACUCAGUAAUUUGGGAACAGCUUGCACCGAUCUUGGUGAUUACCAAAAGGCGACCAGGUACUAUGAACAAGCACUGAAGAUGCAAGAAGCCAUCUAUGGGGAAAAGACCCCACACCCGAACAUUGCUUCCUUGUGCGGCAACCUGGGAUCCUCCUGGAUUAGACUUGGCGAUCAGAGAAGAGCAACCGACUACUCUGAAAUGUUAUUAGCGAUGAUCAGAACUGUUGAAGGAGAAAAUAAGACAGCGCAUCCUGGCAUUGUGAUGGCGCUAAGCAACCUGGGACAGCUCUGGACAAAACUCGGUGAUCACGGAAAAGCGGUGAAAUACUACGAGGAUGCAUUAAAGAUGAGGCAACGCCUGUGUGGGGAAAGUUUGGCACAUAGAGAAACUGCUGCAUUACUCUGCAACCUGGGGUUGUCGUGGAACAAGCUUGGUGAUCAACAGAAGGCAGUUACCUGCUUUGAACAGUUCUUGGAAAUGACGAAACGUAUCAAAGGACAGAUCACGGCUCAUCCUGGCAUUGCGGAGAUUCUUGAUUACAUGGGGUCCAUGUGGACUAAGCUCGGCGACUACGGGAAAGCUAAGGAGUACUACGAACAGGCCCUGGAUAUGCUACAGACUCUCCAUGGCCCUACUGCUUCUCGUCCCGACAUCGCCACCACACUCAACAACCUGGGGUCGACCUGGGGUAAACUUGGACAACAGAGCAAAGCAAUCACCUAUAUGGAAAUGUCCCUCACAAUGAGGAGAGCUAUGUACGGAGAGGAUAUCGCAAAUCCCGACAUAGCGAGGUUGAUCAACAACAUAGGAACAGCUUGUUGUCAACUCGGCGAUAAGAGAACCUCCAUCAGCUACUUCGAGCAGUCGCUGAAGAUGAUGAAGAGAGUCUACGGUGAAAACACUGCGCAUCCUGACAUCGUCGCAACACUGGACAACCUAGGGCUAUCUUGGGGUCAACUAGGGGAUCAGCUAAGAUCCAUUAGUUAUAAAGAAGAGUCGCUGAAGAUGAUGAAGGCUAUCUAUGGGGAGAACACGGCUACCGCUGCCGUUGCUACUUCACCUGACAGUCUAGCACCACAUCUGGGUGAUACGUGCGCUCGUCAUAUGCAUUGAGAACAUUUAAACAGCUGACAGUGAACUGUUCUAAAUAGGAUGAUUAAGUUCAAGUGGCUAUGACGUACCGCUCUUGGUGAUAAGUCAUUAAAGCUGUAAGUUGACGGGUGCAUAUGGAUAUGUUUACAGACCUCAACAUGUGCAUGUUUAUCUUAUAAUUACAACGCAUGCGCAUGUUGAAGUCUGACUAUAGGUUCAUCAACCAGCAUGGUGGCUGUGACGUCAUCUACAAACACCCUGUAAAGGUGCACUCUCACUGCACUUGCGCAAAGCUUGCGUCACUGCGGGAAUCGUAAGACACUCAACGAAUUUCAGAGAUAAAUGCCGAAU